GUAGUAUUUCUGUCAAGGAAAAAGUGCCCCUUGGUUAAAAAAGUUUACAAAACACUGCCUUAUAUUGUUCCUUAACAGGGUUACAGAAGAAAUUGCACCAAUUUACAUUUUCAUCCGAGGGCUAACUGUAUCUUUUUGUUUUUUGUGGUAGGAUGAUAAUCCUGCUAAUCAUGGUGAAAUUGUGCAGUCAAUCCAGCGCUUACUGCACCUGGUAACAUCAGCUGGAAGACAACAGACCAGUAACUCUGGAGUUACUACUCGCACUACAGGGGAGCAGAGGCAAAGCAGCCACGUCAACAGUACAGGCGCUGGUCCAGAAAGACCAUCUGUUCAGAUGGAAAUGACACGGUCCUUUCCAGCUAUGUUUGCCCGUGGAAGAGGAAAGCGGCGCUUUCCUGCAGUAAAUUGUAUCCCUGCAAAGAAAAUUAAACCAUUGGAAGUGGUCUUUCAUUUACUGCCAAAACAAUGUGAGAAAAGUCCAAAUGAAGAAGAGCAGAUAGUCCAUCUGCAGGCAGGGUUGGGUCGUAGGACUGCUCACCUAGAUGAAAGCACAACACAUGACGAGCUGUGUGAAGCCCUCAAGGUUUUGUUUCCAAAACUGGCAACAGUUACUGGUGGUUGGUUGUUAUAUAAAUGUCGAGGUGGCUGGGGGAGCCGGAAACUCUCUUUAGUUGCACCUGAUGAUACUGGCUACACGGGCAAAAUAUUAAAAUUGGCCACUAAGAGUGGGAAUACAACAAUGUUUAUUGCCCCAAUCCAAGAAGAGUUCAGGACAGAUCCUCUUGAACCAACUAAUGAAGCGUUCAGCAGCAUGCCCAAAGCCACAUGUCAGAAGUGUAAAGAAGCGGUUCCCUUACAAAUCCUCACAGAACACAUCAAAUCUUGUCCUGGUGUUGAUGGCUGUGACAAUGAUCUCUCAACUGUGGAAGCCACUGAACCAGUGGGGACAGAAUCAUUGCAACAAUGUCCUCUGUGUGCAGAAAUCUUUUCUGCGGCCUUCAUUGAGGAACAUGCUUCUUCAUGUGGAGAAAGUGCAGGAAAUGAAAGAAGUCUUGAAGGUACUAUCAGUGAGGAGGAGCAAACAGCAGUGCCAGGAACAUCUGGAACUUCAACAGUCAGUGAUGGCUGGAUAACUAUCAGUGACCCUGUUAAAGCCGCAACUGCCUUUGCAAGCUAUUGUCGGCAUAUGCACGAAGGGGAAAGUCCACUACUUUUGAGCAUGGACCUGAGACAGACCCCAGCUGAACAGGACUUGGCCCUCAUUUCCUUCUAUAAGCGGCCUAAUGUAGAGUGGGGACGUCCUCUGAAUUGCAGACUUGAAGGGGAUUCUGCUGUUGGACAGGGAGUCACUCGGUUUUUAAUCUCAACGUGUAUGGAUAAGCUGAGGUCCGGGUUUUGCAUCAAUUUUGCAAAUUCCAACGUUACCCGGCUUUUUGAAGGACCACCUGGCCAUUUAGUUCCCUGAGCCUCUCACUUUCUGGUAGAAAGUGACAUGUUUCUUGUGGCAGGGAGAAUGAUUGGCCAUUCCUUUAUACAUGAAGGACCCUGCUUGUCUGGGCUCAGCCCAGCUGUUGUUCAUGUUCUGCUUGGUGGGAGCCUUGAAACGGCAACCGUUACACUGGAGGACUGCCCAGACCUGGACAUCAGAGACAAAAUC